AUGCCUGAAGAAUUUUUGUCCUUAAUUUGGAUUGGAUUCUUGGCCUGGAUCAUCUACAGAUCUUUCAAAUGGUUGUGUUCGAAUAAACGAAAUCCAGAUAAGGCAGAAGAAGAUGACAUCGGUCCAAUUGCACCAGAGAUCCGCCUUGAAAGUUUUAUUCAACGACGAGGACCACUGUUGAUGGAGCUGCGAAGGUACUACCAUAACCAUGCAGCCAUCCCAGUUCACAGGCGAAAGGCAGCUAUUGAGGUCGUUGAGGCUAUUAAAUGCUUUCUCCAGAGGUUUGUAAAAAAUGAUUGGACCACAAAUUACACCUUUGGCAACAUUAUGGCACAAGGGAGUGGUUACGAAGGACUACAAGUUAUUGAACCAGAUGAGUUUGACCUCUUACUACCACUGAUGUUAAAAAAUAGUAAUUGGAAAUAUAGUAAAUAUCAAUCAUCCGGAUAUGUUUUCAUCACCAAAAUACAAGGUUAUGUAUUUAAUACUAAAACCCCAUAUGAUAACGCCAUUUUCAAUGAUGUCUACUUGAGUCCUAUUGCGAUAAAACGAAAGAUGCAGUCAAUAGUAAAAAGAGCAGUAGAUAAUAUGGUUUUCCCAAACGUCCAACGUGUCACUCUACGAGAAAGUGGCCCAGCGCUGACACUAGAAGUGCUGUAUGAUGGCUCACGACGAAUGAGCAUCGAUGUUGUUCCAUCUAUUAAGAUCGGGAACAAAUUGGUUGUUGCAAAGCGGCAUCCUGAUAGUGAUCAGUAUCAGAGCAGAACUGACCACAACAUGCUCAAUAACCUCUGGCGGGUGAGUUUUUCAGAAAACGAAAAAGUUAUUAUCAGAGAAAUGGAUGGUAAUAACGAAUGUCGUCGGACUUGUUUAAAGAUCCUCAAGACGAUUCAAUUGAGGAAGGGGUCCUCUCAACUUGGAAUGCUCUCGUCGUAUCACCUUAAGACAUGUAUGCUGCAUCUCAACGCCGAUAAAAACAUUGGGUCGUGGCACCAGGACAACCUCGACGAUCGUUUCAAGGAUCUUCUGAUGAAACUGAUUCAGUUCCUAAGAGAAGAAGAAAUGCUAAGCUUCUUUGAUUGUAACAUAGAUCUGUUCUCAACUUACAAUACAAUUCAAUUACAGAACAUCAGAGAUUGGCUAGAAAGAAAAGUUAGGUCAGAUGAUAAAAUUAUUCAUGAAAUGUUGUUCUAA